AUGUCACUGAAAACUUCUCUCGCAGCGUUCGCGCUCAUCGCAUCAGCUCUGGCACUACCGGAGUCAACGAAAUCCCUUAGUGCCCGCGCCUCAACUUGCACACCCAAAGCAGGCGGAUUAUCCUCAACAGACGAUGUGCCGGCAAUCACGUCGGCGAUUUCAUCAUGCGGCAACGGGGGUACGAUCGUCAUUCCCACGGGGACAACGUACUACCUGAACAGCGUGCUAGAUUUCGCCGGUUGUGUUGGCUGUGACUUCCAAGUCGAAGGUCUGCUGAAGUUCAGUUCAUCGACAGACUACUGGGAGGGGCGCACGGCAAUGAUCAACAUCAAGAACAUUGACGGAAUCAAAAUCCGAUCCGUGACUGGAAAGGGAGUGAUCGAUGGCAAUGGGCAGAAUGCAUGGGACCUAUUUGCUGCAGACAGCAGUUAUGCCCGCCCAACUCUCCUCUACAUAACAGGGGGAUCAAACAUCGAGAUCUCGAACCUGCGGCAAAAGAACCCACCCAACGUCUUCAACUCCGUCAAAGGCAACUCCAAAAAAGUAACAUUCAGCGACCUAAAGAUGGACGCAACAUCUAAGAGCACCAACGAGCCCAAAAACACCGACGGGUUCGAUAUCGGCGCCAGCACAGACGUAACAAUCAGCAACGUGAACGUGCGCAACGACGACGACUGCGUAGCGUUCAAACCCGGUGCCGAUGGUAUCACUGUGACAGGCAUAACCUGCACCGGAAGUCACGGGUUAUCCGUUGGAUCAUUGGGCAAAAGCUCUGACGAUUUCGUGAAGAACGUGUACGUGUCCGGGGCGACGAUGAUCAACUCGACCAAAGCGGUGGGUAUCAAGACGUAUCCGUCUGGUGGAUCGCAUGGAGUAUCGACUGUGAGCAAUGUCACGUUUAGUGGAGUUGUGGUUGAUGGAUGUGAUUAUGCGAUUCAAAUUCAGAGUUGUUAUGGGGAGGAUAGUGCCUACUGCGCUAAAAACCCUGGGAAGGCGGAUUUGACGGGUGUUGUUUUUGAUAAUAUUAGCGGCACGACGAGUGGGAAGUACGAUGCUGUUACGGGGAAUUUGGAUUGUGGAUCUGAGGGGACUUGUGAUGUGAAGGUUAGUUCCUAUACUGUUCUGGCGCCGUCUGGUAAGGGUAAUGUGCUCUGUGCAAAUACGCCUUCAGAUCUGGGGAUUACUUGCACGGCGGGUGCAUCGGGGUGA